AUGGAUCAAAUUCUUCCAAAAAAAUUUGUAUUGGAGGUCGAAGAGGCCCAGUCGAUCCGUCAAUCCCUGAACCUCCCGUCGGUGCUCCACCUCCUUCCCAGCCUAGUUCAAUCGGCGCAGUCGCUAGCCCGCCCGCCCAUCUCAAAUUUUUUUGUCGGCGCGGUGGGUUUGGGUUCCGACGGCCGUGUAUUCAUCGGCGUCAAUCUGGAGUUCCCUGGAGUCCCACUCCACCACUCUGUACACGCAGAACAGUUUCUCCUAACCAAUCUUGCUGUCCAUGGGUGUCCUCGGCUACUGUCUCUUGCUGUUUCUGAUGCCCCCUGUGGUCACUGCCGCCAGUUCCUGCAGGAGCUCCGUGAUGGCUCGUCCCUUGAAAUCCUUGUCACAUCCCAUGUUGGAGGAAAUCUCGACAAGGGUCCUUCCUUCAAACCCUUGUCUGAAAUUUUGCCGAAUCCAUUUGGCCCGCAUGAUCUUUUAGGUAAAGAAAUUCCGCUUCUUCUUGAGCCACACAAUAAUGGGUUCUCUCUGUUACCAAAAAAUGCUGUAUAUGUGGACGAAAAUUCGAGCAAUCUUUGCAAUGGUGAGUGUGAACUGUCCUCGGGCAAUGAGAUUUCUGGACAAUUGAGCAAUGGUAAUUGGGAAAAGAACGAAAAGGAUGGGAUCCUUUUGAGAAAAGCAGCAUUUGAAGCUGCUAAUAAUGCACAUGCUCCAUAUAGUGGAUGCCCUUCUGGGGUGGCGUUAAUGGAUUCUGAAGGGAAGGUGUAUAAGGGGUCGUACUUGGAGUCUGCCGCAUACAAUCCUAGUUUAGGACCGGUGCAGGCGGCAUUGGUGGCGUAUGUGGCUGGAGGCGGUGGUGGGUAUGAGAGGAUUCUGGCAGCAGUUUUGGUGGAGUUGGAAGAGGCUAAGGUGAAGCAGGAAGAUACUGCAAGGCUUAUUUUGAAGGCAGUUUCACCCCGAUGUGAAUUUACGGCGUUCUAUUGUCGACCAGCCAAAAAUGGACCUGCUAAGCCUAAUUUAGUGGGUGGAUAUUGA